GUGUAUUAUUAAUUUGAUCAAAGACAAAGUAAAGAGUAGUGUCUAUUGUCUCUCUCUCCAUAAAUAUCUCCCAUAUUCAUCUACCCCCUAUCUCUGGGUUUACAAUUCCAAAGCCUCUUGCACCAUCUACAUCUUCCUUCUUUGAGCUCAACUAUAGGGCAUUCUCUAAAAUGAAGCACAACUAUCUUUUGGGCGCUCUCAGUUUACUGUUUUUGACAUGCGCUGUAGUUCACUCUUCCUCUGAUGGUUUACUGAGAAUUGGUUUGAAGAAACAGCCUGUGGAUCUUCAUGGCAUUAAGGCUGCCAAGAUGGCAAGAUCGCAAGGCAAACAAGGGAAGGGCUUGAAUAGUAUGCGUUCACAUGAAUCUGAUGUUGACAUAAUUUCUCUCAAAAACUAUAUGGAUGCCCAAUACUAUGGAGAGAUUAGUAUUGGGUCACCACCACAGAAAUUCACUGUCAUAUUUGAUACCGGCAGUUCCAAUCUCUGGGUUCCCUCAUCAAAAUGCAUUUUUUCUAUUGCUUGUUUAUUGCAUCCUAAGUACAAGCACACCAAGUCCAAGUCAUACCACAAAAUUGGAAAAUCUUGUGCAAUACAUUAUGGAUCUGGAUCAGUUAAAGGCUUCCUUAGUCAAGAUAAUGUUGGAGUCGGCGAUCUUGUGGUCAAUGAUCAAGUUUUCAUGGAGGCUACAAAAGAAGGAAGUCUUACUUUUGUAGUGGCGAAGUUUGAUGGAAUACUUGGGCUUGGUUUCCAGGAAAUCUCAGUUGGGGAUGUAGUGCCAGUCUGGUACAAUAUGGUGGAACAAGGUAUUGUAAAAGAGGAAGUCUUUUCUUUUUGGCUUAAUCGGGAUCCAGAUGCAAAAGACGGUGGUGAGCUUGUCUUUGGUGGUGUUGAUCCAAAGCACUUCAAGGGGGCGCAUACUUAUGUUCCCGUUACUCAAAAGGGUUACUGGCAGUUUGAAAUGGAAGAUUUCCUUAUUGGAAAUUAUUCAACAGGUUAUUGCAGCGGUGGAUGUGCUGCUAUUGUGGAUUCUGGAACAUCAUUGCUUGCUGGUCCAACUACUAUCGUCACUGAAAUCAACCAUGCUAUUGGAGCAGAAGGAAUAGUGAGCAUGGAAUGUAAAGAAAUAGUUUCCGAAUAUGGAGAAUUGAUAUGGGAUCUCCUAAUUGCAGGGGUAAGACCUGGAAAAGUAUGUUCAGAGAUUGGUUUGUGCUUAUUUAAGGGGGCUCAGUCUGAAAGUGCUAAUAUCAAGACAGUGGUUGAAGAAAACAAUGAGAAAAUUUCCCCUGGGGAUGAUCUUCUAUGCACUGCUUGUGAGAUGCUUGUUGUUUGGGUCGAGAACCAGCUAAAAGCAGAGGAAGCAAAGGAGACCGUGUUCAAUUAUGUGAAUCAGCUGUGCGAGAGCCUGCCAAGUCCAAAUGGAGAAUCAGCAGUCGACUGCAAUAGCCUGUCAAAGCUGCCAAAUGUUACAUUCACGAUUGGAAGCAAAGAUUUCACCCUUACUCCUGAACAGUAUGUUCUGAAAACCGGAGAGGGAGAUAUUGCUAUCUGCAUCAGCGGGUUUAUUGCCUUGGAUGUGCCUCCACCUCGUGGUCCUCUGUGGAUUCUUGGAGAUGUAUUCAUGGGAGUGUAUCAUACAGUAUUCGACUACGGAAACCUCCGACUAGGUUUUGCUGAAUCUGCUUAGUUAGUCACUCUGUCAUCUAUCUCAUAAAAACUUGUCCGGUAAUGUUGUUAACUACGAUGGAUUGUAGAUGGUGUACGUGAAUCGUGUGAUGGGUUUUCUAUAUGUGACUAUUCAUAAUGAGUCGAGACUUUUGUGCUUGUAAAUAUGUGUUGCUUGGAGAUGAAAUGUUAUUUCAGUCUUGUACCUUGCAGAAAAUUUCUCAUUUCCUUUAUAGAGUAUUUGUAAUCCACGUGUUUGUGUAUUAUUCAUUUGAGUUCUC